AUGUCCACUUCUGUUGACUCCCAUACGACCGUCCUCAUUGUUGGUGCCGGCCCCACCGGUCUAACGUUGGCUCUUUCCCUUCUUCAACAUGGCGUCAAAGUCCGACUAAUCGAUUUGACAUUGAGUCCACAUGAAGCGGCUCGUGGGACUGCGAUCAUGCCUCGGACUCAAGAAGCUCUCGCCAUCCUUGGGGUCAUGAACGACGUCAAGGAAAUCGCCACUGGCCCCCUACAGAUGGCAAUUUACGCGCCGGACGGAAAGACGAUCCUGAAGGCAUUCGACUGGUCUCAAAGUGCCCCGGAAAGUCCGACGAUCCCCUUUCGUCAAACUGCCUCUAUUAGUCAACACGAACUGGAGAAAAUCCUCCGCCACCAUCUGAAUGGACGAGGUUGCAAAGUAGCAAUGGGCCUCAAACUUAUCGGUAUCGCGCAGAAUGACCAAGCUGUCACAGCAACAGUCCAGAUCGACGAGAAAACGGUGGAUAUCAAGUGCGAUUUCCUUGUCGCGGCUGAUGGGGCGAAAGGAGUGUCCCGCCGACUGCUUGAUGUAUCAUUCCUCGGCGAGACAAAAGAAGACGCACGGAUCUGGGCCGCCAAUGUUCAAGUACCGGGAUUCGAUCGCCAGUACUGGCACCGGUGGGGGGAUUUCGCAAGCGCCGCCACCUCUCUCAAGCCUAUUUAUCCGGAACCUUGGUUCCAAAUGCUGACGCUUGGUCCCCAACUACCGAAGGAAAUCCCGACUGAUCUCCCCCAAACUCAAGCGCUAUUCAACUCGAUUUCGAAGCGUAGCGACCUGGUACUCACCGAUGUGAGUUGGGUAACUGAGUGGAAGGCGAAUAUUCGCAUGACUGACAAGUUUUCCGUUGGACGUGUUUUCCUAGCUGGUGGGCCUGCUCGGUGUCACCGGGAUCGAUCCCGUAGCCAAUCUGGCAACGGGCUCGGCUAG